ACUAAGGAUGAACAUUGUGAGUUUAGUUUUUUUUUUACAUGUUAGUGUAUAUUGUUAAAUUAAUACCAUUUAUGUACGAAUACUAAACUUAAUAUUGGAAAUGAACUUUAAGAUGAGAGAAGGAUGAAGAGUUGGAAAGCUAUUUUUUUAGGAGCAGUUAUAGGAACAUCAUGUCUAUAUGUUUAUAGUGCUGAAGAUGAAUUAACAAAAAAUGAACUUCCCUUUAAUGAUUAUGAUGAUGUUGAAAAGACAAGGACAUUUCAGGAGACGUAUGUUUCUAAUACAGACAAGACAUUAAAAUUAGGUAGUGUGGAUAGUAGAGAUGCCAUUAGUGAAAGACUUCCUGAAAGAGAACAAUCUGACAUAGCCUUAAAAGAAACAAUUGCUGUACAAGAAGAAAAUGUAGAUGAAGAGAUGGUCAGCAAUGAAGCACCUGGAAAUGAAACUCAAACUAAGAAUUCUACAUCCACAAAUGAUUCUGAUAGUAAAGUCACAUGUGUUAAGAAAAAACUGGAAAAUGAUGAGGUACCACAAGUACAGCUAGUAAACAGCAGUACUCUAAUUGACAUCCUAACUCCUGCAGAACAAAAUGACAGCGAGUGUGUGGUGGUUCUGUUCUAUUCUCCAUGGUGUGUGUUCUCGGCUAAAGCAGCACCACAUUUCAAUGCUUUGGCUAGAAUUUUUCCAUACAUCCAUUUUUUAGCCUUAGACACUGCAACAUAUUCAGGCCUCAACAUGAGAUAUGGACUUGUUGGUGUGCCUACAGUGUUAUUAUUUCAUAAAGGAAAGCCAAUAGUAAAGUUCAAUGGCUCAGAAGCUCAGAUUGAAAAUUUUGCUGUAUUUGUGACUAAAUAUACAGGCAUGUCUCCAGAAGAUGGACUUAACAUUACAUCAGCAGAUAUGAUGGGCCCUGUUCCCACACAGCCAGCUCAACGCACUGACUUUGUCUUAAUACUCGCCUGGAUGUUUACUCUCGGCUGUUUAUGUACAUGGUUCUUAAGAUCAUCCUUGUGGCAACGAAUUGUAGAGUGUGUGCGUAACACUUGGAGGGAAGCAGAGGCUCAGCAUGAACAUGUGGAUUAAUUUGGCAAUUGACAAACUGGAUAUCUUCAUGAAGUUCAGAAGGACAUGAUGAAUGUGCUGUUUGAAUUACAGUCACUAGAAUGGUGGUGGAAAAAAACUUUUUGUAUGAGUCUUAGAAUCAAAAAAGAAUUUUGUAUCGGAAAGUUUCUAGUUUUCUACAAUUUAACUUUUCAUGGUGAUUUACAGCGUAAAGAUUGCUAGACUUCUGUGUAGCAUGAAUAUGUAAAUAUUUGAAAUAAAUCUAAUUGGGAACAUUUUGGUGA